CACCUAUUCAUAAUUUCAUAUAUAUUUUAUGUCAAAGGAAAAACAAAAAGUAGGCUUAUUAUUAUAUGGUGCAUCGGUAGACGGUUUAAAUGAUACGUAAAUUCUGUUGUGGUUCUAUUGCUCCAGAUACUCGUGUCAGCUGCUUUUGACAAUUCCUAUGCCUUCAUAAAAAAUUUUCUCUGGCAAAUACGAUACGAUUAAGAAAGCAAAACUAUUCUCAGCAUGACGAGCAAACAUAUUUAUUCAACCACAAAUUUAUCUGACCUGCAACUGAAGGAGCAGGGCAAUUGUUUAUUUGCCUCACGCAAAUAUGACGAUGCGAUUAUAUGUUAUUCCAAGGCCAUUAUUAAAAACCCUACAAAUGCAACAUAUUUUACGAAUCGUGCCCUUUGCAAUCUAAAGCUAAAGCGUUGGGAACUUUGCUGUCAAGAUUGUCGACGAGCUUUGGAUAUAGACGGCAAUUUACUAAAAGGCCAUUUUUUCCUCGGACAGGGCCUGAUGGAGAUUGACAAUUAUGACGAAGCUAUAAAACAUCUACAGCCCUAUGAUUUGUCAAAGGAACAAAAACAGAACUUUGGAGAUGAUAUAACAUUGCAAUUGCGUUUGGCACGUAAGAAACGUUGGAAUAUUAUGGAAGAAAAACGAAUACACCAGGAAAUUGAACUGCAAAGUUAUCUGAAUCGACUAAUCAAAGAUGACAUGGAAAACCGUUUAGCCAGCUUGAAGUUAAAUGAAAACUUAAAUGAGGAACAUUUAAAGGACAAACAACAGGAAAUUGAACAAGAAUGUGAUGAUCAUAUUAAAGAGCUUAAUAAUAUAUUUGCAAAAGUAGAUGAACGUCGACGGAAACGCGAUGUACCGGAUUUUCUGUGUGGGAAAAUUAGCUUUGAAAUAUUAACUGAUCCAGUGAUUACUCCAUCAGGCAUCACAUAUGAGCGUAAAGAUAUUGAGGAGCAUUUGCAACGUGUUGGUCAUUUUGAUCCUGUAACACGAGUUAAACUCACGCAGGAUCAGUUAAUACCAAACUUCUCAAUGAAGGAGGUAGUUGAUUCAUUUAUUGCUGAGAAUGAAUGGUCUUUAGAUUAUUAAGUUGUUGUAUUUUGUAAACAACACACACAAAAAGAA